AUGGCCCUCAGAAUCCUAGGUGGAGUUGCCCGAAGGUCGAGUUUCCCACUUGUAUCUUUGAAUAGCAGAGCAGCUAUGUCGGUCUACAAAGGUGGAGUUCCAACUCGAGAUGAAGCUGCCACUGGAAAAGAAAGAGUACAACUGGAAGCGUUUAAAGCGGGAGAAUUUGACCCUUUUGAUAGGGAAGCACACUACAUGAAUGAUUAUUCGGAAGGAACAGGUCUAAGCAAAGAUAAACCGAUUGAGGUGUGCUCUAGCUAUGAUCGCAGAAUUAUUGGUUGUUCUUGCACUGUCUCGGAGAAUUUCAUUAGUUACAUGUGGCUGUACAAGGGUGAACCUAAAAGAUGUGUGUGCGGAGUUUGGUUCCAAUUGAAGUAUAAAGCAGCACCUCAUGAAAGAUAUGUUCCUGAAGAAAUGUUACCUCCAAAAGACGGGAAAAUUGCGGAUUUGGAAUGA